CGUUGCUGUUUGAGCUGUUGUUUCCUGGAUCUGUUCUGGUCUCUCUGUCCUCUCAUCUCUCUCUCUUCCUCUUGCCUUCGGCCUUCCCGACCUCGGUCUUUGCUUUCUGCAGGGUCGACGCUGCCUCCGCCUUCGUGUACAUCGCGCCCGACGUUCAGUUUCAAGGGUUUCGCUUUGCGUUCGCGAGUGCGGUCUUUUGCUUCGUUGCGAGGGCAGUUCAAGAGAUAUUUUCACAUUUAAAUAAUCUAUCUCUAUAAAUCCUCGCACCUUCUCUCUCCGUGCGUCUCGUUUCUUCGAACCAACUCACACAUUCCUUUGCUACCACUCCCCACCUGCUCCCGCUCAUUUGUUUGCAUCAUCUAACUUGAUUUCUGCCUUUCUUCUCAUCAUACGUUCCCGCCGUUGCCCCUGCUCCACCCACUUGCACCCGAACACCUCCACCCCUCGUCGCACGCGCAAUGAUGGACGAUUCGCAAACAGCGUUUGCUCAAUACCCUCCGUUUGCAGGUUUUGAUCUCGAAAUGAUGAAGCGGUCAAUGGAUAGCGUCGGUGGUCCGGAUGCCAAGAAGGCUCGUUGGUCCCCUACCUCCUUCGGCUCCAACGGCCUCAACGGCCUUAGCAACAACAAUGCGGCCCGCGAUGCGUUCGCUAAUUACGGCUAUGGUCCCCAGGCGAGCCUCUCUCAGGCUGGCUACAGCACCUCUUCGCCCUCAAGCGGUUUCACUGGCAGCCCUCUUUACGCCACACCCUCGCUCAGCAUUAACACCGUGACAGGAUCCAAUGGUAUGCAGUCGCAGAUGAGCCCGAACACCGCGGGCCCCUUCACACCCCAGACGCAACAGACACCGGCUGGCGCUAAUGGUGGUUCGUAUGGCGGGUUUGGUGGAUAUAAUAUGCUCGCUAUGGGCAUGUCCCCAAUGGGUGUCCUAAACGGAUUCCCAUAUGGUAACCAGAUGGGCAACUUUUCCCAGCAACGCCUGCCAUCGCUAGCAAUUCCGUCGCCCGCUACCUCGCCUUAUUCUCCGGCAGCUCUUUCGGCUGCUAUGGGAGCGCAUAACAAUGUCACCGGACGCACAGUUUACGUCGGUAACCUUCCCGCAACUGCCUCCGUAGACGAGCUUCUGAACCUCGUUCACUUCGGCCCGCUCGAGUCUAUCCGAGUCCUUCCCGAGAAGUCGUGUGUCUUCUUGUCCUUCCUUGAUGGAGCUACCGCUGCGGCUUUCCACGCCGAUGCCUUGAUCAAGAAGCUGUCUCUACACGCUCAAGAGCUCAAGAUCGGCUGGGGCAAACCCUCCGCCGUUCCAAGCGCUGUUGCCCUUGCUAUCCAGCAAAGCAAUGCGAGUCGCAAUGUGUAUCUGGGCGGAUUAGACGAGAACGUCACCGAGGAGAUGCUUCGUGACGACCUUAGCCGCUUUGGUCUUAUCGACCAAGUGAAGAUUGUCCGCGACAAGAACAUUGGUUUCGUCCACUUUUUGAGCAUCUCUACCGCUACUAAGGUUGUAAACACCCUCCCUACCGAGCCAGCAUGGCAAGGCAAGCGAGUUAACUACGGCAAGGACCGCUGCGCAUACAUCCCGAAGUCUCAGCAAGCCGCCGCUCAGGCAGCCCAGGCAGCAGCUGCGCAAUCGCUGGUUGCUCAGUCUGCCGCAGCCUUGACUCCCAUCAACACGAACCACGGCGGCUUCGGUCUUACCGGAGCGUCUCCGCUUACUCCCUACUUGCCUUUCUCGCCUGAUGGUCUGCAGGGUAUGGCCGGCGCUACCAGCCUGAACCGUACUGUUUACCUUGGUAACAUUCACCCUGAGACGACGACCGAAGACCUUUGCAACGCUAUUCGUGGCGGUGUCCUUCAGAGCCUUCGCUACAUGCAGGACAAGCACAUUGCGUUCGUUACCUUCAUCGACCCCGCAGCCGCACUCACCUUCUUCCAAGUCGCGUCGUAUCAGGGUCUCACGCUCAACAACCGCAGGUUGAAGAUUGGUUGGGGCAAGAACUCUGGUCCGCUCCCGCCGGCGUUAGCGCUUGCAGUUCAUUCGGGUGCGACACGGAACGUCUACGUUGGCAACAUCGAAGACUUCGAUACAUUCAACGAUGAAAAGCUGAAGCGAGACUUCGGCGAGUAUGGUGAAAUUGAGCUGGUCAAUUUCCUCAAGGAGAAGAACUGCGCGUUCGUUAACUUUACAAAUAUCUCGAACGCCAUCAAGGCUAUCGAUGGAGUGAAGAACAAGCCGGACUACGCUAAUCUGCGGAUCGCCCACGGCAAGGACCGGUGCGCGAACCCCCCGCGCUCUGGCCCGCAGGGCGGCAUGCGCCGCUCCGCGAGUGGUGGUACCAUGGCGACGCCCAUGAGUGCGGUUGAGCACGACCCCGAAGCAUUCGCGCUCAUCAAGUCGGACGCCAUCACACUCGGCGAGGAGAAGCAGGAGCCCAUGGACAGCAGCGUUCUCGAUGCCGUGAACGCCGAUCCCUCUAACUAAAUCGGCUGCACGAACAAUCGUAGAGUCGCCUGACUCGCUUAUUCGUACUCUACGUUCAUUCGAUACCCUUCGAGCGUCUUAAUCUGCUGUCUCUCUCCUCGCUACCCCCAUUAUCUUGUGCUCCCAGCUUACGACGAUGGAAUUCCCUGUUUCCCUACCCGAAAACCUCACAACAUCCAAGUGGGUGGAGCAGCCGGCCCCGGUUCCGCACACACCGCGCCGCACUCGUGCGUUGACCUUCACUGGUUCGGCCGUACGAGUACGGUAUCGCACACACACCCCUUCCUGUGCGCGGACUUUUGGGCUAUUGGUUGUCACUCUCAUUUAUUCACUUCGCUUCUCCCGACACAUAUGCUCCCCCUUUUAUAUUCUGCUUCCAACGUGCCAUAACUUACUGUCCUCCCGUUUACCCGCGACUUCCUCCGAGUUUUGGUCGCGUGUCGUGAUGCAAAACAUUAGCGAUCGGCUUUUACGUUCAUUGCUGUUGAAUACCUGUGUUCUGAAGCCUGCCUCCUGCUCCUGAUACCGGUACUAUAGGGUUGAUACAUCGAAUUGCGCUAAUACUGCAUGUACAUACCACACGGCAUAUCUGUCUGAAUGAGUCUCUGUUUACUCUCUGUAAUAUGUCGAACGAGUGCGAUGGAGCAGUGACCUUGAGAGUCUGAAGCGAUCCGCGAUGGCAACUGCCU